UGUGCUGCCAUGUCGUCCUCCCUGUCUGUCAGCUCUCAGCUGAAUAAGAUGCUGCGCUCUUACUACCUCGGCCUUUCUCAAGAAGGUGUCUGUAUGGUCACCUAUAUUUGGAUCGAUGGUUCUGGGGAAGGCCUCCGGAGCAAAACUAGAACCUUGCAAUCUGAACCUAGCAGCAUUGAGGAUAUUCCAGAGUGGAACUUUGAUGGAUCUAGCACAGAUCAGGCUUCGAGCUCUGACAGUGACAUGAUCCUGGCCCCGGUGUGUAUGUUCAGAGACCCUUUUACUCUGGACCCCAACAAACUUGUACUUUGUGAGGUGCUCAAGUCCAACCGCAAACCUGCAGACACCAAUCAUCGUUAUGUCUGUAUGAAGAUCAUGGAGAAGGUAAAGGACUUCUACCCAUGGUUUGGGUUAGAGCAGGAGUAUACUAUAAUGGGUAUAGAUAGACAUCCUUAUGCCUGGCCGUCAAAUGGUUUCCCCAAACCACAGGGUCCAUAUUAUUGUGGUGUGGGUGCAGAUAGGGCCUAUGGCAGAGACAUUGUAGAGAGUCACUAUAAAGCGUGCAUUUAUGCAGGCAUUAAAAUUUCUGGCUCCAAUGCUGAGGUGAAGCCGUCUCAGUGGGAGUUCCAGGUGGGUCCAUGUGAAGGCAUCGCAGCAGGAGAUCAUCUUUGGAUGCGUUUCCUAUUGCACAGGGUUUGUGAAGAUUUUGGUGUAAUUGCCACUCUGGACCCGAAACCCGUCCCAGGAAACUGGAAUGGAGCCGGUUGCCACACAAACUUCAGCACUGAGGCCACUAGAGCAGAAGGAGGGCUGGAGCAUAUUGAGAGGAUCAUCGAAAAAUUACGUGCACAUCACAUCCAGCACAUCCGAGUCUCAGAUCCACAUGGUGGCCAAGACAACCAGAGGAGACUCACAGGUUUACACGAGACCUCCAAUAUUAAUGUAUUCUCAGCUGCAGUAGCUGAUCGUGGAGCCAGUAUCCGCAUUCCCCUGCAGGUUGGCCAGGACAAGCGUGGAUAUUUGGAGGAUCGCCGGCCUGCCGCCAACUGUGACCCAUAUGCUGUGACCGCUGCUAUCGCUCGGACCUGCCUAAUGGAGGAAGAGGAGGAGGAUAUCUUAAAUGAUCUUGAUAUUAAUGAUUUGGAGUAAAACACUCCUAAUACUAGAUAGAUAUUAGGUGAGGUGUUCUUUGCAUAUAAUGAUACC